GCGAAGAAGAAGAAGAAGAAGUGGUUCGUCUCCGAGCAGUAAUCACCGAUUCAAGUUUGGGUUGAACCGAAUAAAAUAUGACGUCCACCGAAGAAAACCUUCCCGACCGCGAAGCAGCUGCCACGAGCAUACUUGAGCAGACAGCCAAUGAAAUUCGUCAACAGAAGGUCAACUGGCAGACAUACUUGCAGAGUCAAAUGAUCAGCCAAGACGACAUGGCGUUCCUGACAGCGCUGGAGCAGUCAAACGCAGAAGCUCGUGCAAAACUUCUGAAAUCUCAAAAGCAACAAGCAGCCAGGACCUUUAUCAGCCUUCUGGGCCACAUUUCUAAAGACCAAACAGUGCAGUUUCUUCUGGUACUAGUUGAUGAUAUCAUUCAGGAGGACAAGUCACGCACGGAUAUCUUUCCACAGUUCGCCAGGGAGAAGAAAGUGUCAGUCUGGACAACAUUCUUCAACUUGCUGAACCGCGGUGACAGCUUCAUCGUAAAUAUGACCAGCAGUAUUGUGGCUCACAUCGCCUGCUUCAGUUCUGAGCGCAUGGCAGGUGCUGACCUGACGCAUUACCUGAGCUUCUUGAAGAAUCAGUUGAAGACGCCCAACAACGAGUACCUACAGCCUGUAGCACGGUGUCUCCAAAUCAUGAUGCGUGUUCGUGAAUACCGAACAGCUUUCGAGAAAGUGGACGGCAUUGCCGCAAUAGCUGAAGUUCUAUCUGGUCGUCAGCAUUUCCAGAUACAGUACCAGCUGGGCUUUUGUCUGUGGCUCAUGGCAUUCAUCCCGGAGUUGGCAGAAAAAAUGAACAAGGCAAACGUGAUCCCUGUACUGGCCGACAUACUUAAUGGAUCUGGACGAGAAAAGGUGGCGAGGGUGAUGCUGGCGACGUUCAGGAACCUAAUUGAGAAGCCAGUGGAAGAAGAAGUUCGGAGGGAAAAUUGUAUCGCCAUGGUGCAGUGCAAGGUGCUGAAAACCUUAGAAAUCUUGAGCGCCAAGAAAUACGAAGACCCGGACAUUCUGGAAGACAUCGAAUACUUGGAAGAGAAAAUGGACGCUAUUGUGCAAGACAUGAGUUCCUUCGACGAAUAUGCCACGGAGUUGAAGUCAGGAAGGCUUGAAUGGAGCCCCGUCCAUACUUCUGUGAAAUUCUGGAAGGAGAAUGCCGAGAAGCUGAACGAGAAGAAUUACGAGCUACUCAAGAUUUUGAUAAAGCUUCUAGAAACAAGCAAGGAGCCUCUGGUGCUGUGCGUGGCGUCGCACGACAUUGGCGAGUACGUGCGAUGUUAUCCGCGUGGAAAGCAGGUGAUCGAGAAGCUGGGAGGCAAACCUUUGGUCAUGCAACUAAUGAGUCAUGAAGACGCAAACGUGAGAAAUGAAGCCCUACGCUGUGUGCACAAGCUCAUGGUCCAGAACUGGUGGUACCUUGGUCACCAGCUGGAUGCUGGCGGCAGUACUUCCAAGGCGCCUUAAGAUCCAUAUGCUCAUGUUGAGAGUUAAGGAGUUCUAUUACUCCCGUUGGGCAGCGCACUUUUUCCGACUAACACGUGCCAAAUGAGUUACUUAUUAAAGCAGGUGUACGAGCUCGCGUA